CAUUAUUUGAUACCUUUUUUAAAAAAUUAUAUUCAUUCACUGAUUCAGAUCAGAAGAAGUGUUAAUAAUAUAAUGGACAAUUCCGGGGGCACAUUUCCGGCAGCUGAUGCAGAAAUAGAAUUGAAUCCGGAGAAGAUGAAUAAGGAUUUCCAACUCGAUCCUGUCUCUUCCAAACUAGCCUCCGACUUGGAGAACAAGGAGAGGGAAGAAGCGGGAAAGAGGGCAAGAGAAAAGGAAAGGAAGGAUGAUGCAAUGCGGAGACUGAAGACCGCCGUCCUGAUCUCCGCCGCUGCCGUCGCGGUUACCGUGGUACCUGAACUUCAAAUCCUUUCACAAAAAUCCCUGAACUUACACAAUCCUUUCACUAAUGAGCCAUUAGCCCGUUUCUAGGUUAACUUCCGGUCAUUAGGGCCAAAUUCGAAUUUUAUAUAUUUUAAAAUUUUCAAUUUGACCCCAUUUCUUCUUUUCUUUUCUUCCAGGCCCCGCCGCCGCCGCCCGCCGGUCAAAAUCGCCGGAAAAUGAACUUUUUCCGAUUCC